GCGUCCGAGACAGUUAGCUUGUGGCAGACGCUGUGCGCUUGCAAUUUCGGAGGCCAUGUAUGGAACACCGCCAUCAACGUAUCGUCAUUGCCCCUUUGACCAUCAGCUGACCACGAAUGGCAUCCGAUAACGCAGUGGCCAUGCUCUGGCGGUGGAGUGUAGAGAGUCAGAGCUUGUGAGCUACAUAAUUGUUUGUGUAUGCUCCAAACUUCUCGCCGAAUCAUUAUAAGAUGACUCAUCAUCAAAGCCAAGUAGGGAAGAUGCAACAUUCAAGGGUGGCGGUAAUUGGGGCUGGUGUCGUUGGCCUUUCAACAGCCUUGUGCAUCCAGAACAACAUUCCUGGCACUUCUGUUACAGUCAUUGCUGACCGUUUCAUUCAAGACACACUGAGCUUUGGUGCUGCUGGCUUCUUUCGCCCAGAUGAAAAUAUAGGGCCUACACUUGGCAUUACAAGGGAGUGGUUCAGAGCAACGUUCAGACAUUACGAGGGCCUGUUGAAUGGUGAUGCAGCUGAAACAGCUGGAAUCAAGAGGCUUUUUGGCUACGCUAUUAGUUCAAGCAACCCAGAGAAACUUGUGAAUGGAACAAUGAAAGAGCUCUGUGUUGGGCUCAGACCAGUUGAUGAGCAAGAACUCCGGAACUUUCCACCGAAAUACAAGUAUGGAAUAUUCUACAGUAGUAUUUUAGCAGACCCAAGAAAGUACCUGAAAUGGCUGACUGACAAGAUAUUAUACAACGGUGGGCACAUAAAGAACCAAAAUGUCCAGGACCUGCAAGACCUUAGGGAUUUUAGUGUCAUAGUCAACUGCAGUGGUCUCAGAGCGAAGGAACUUACAGAGGAUCCACUGCUGACUCCUGUGAGAGGACAGGUUAUCAAGGUAUUUGCUCCCUGGGUGACUCAGUUUUAUUAUGCUGAUGGCUGCUACAUUCUUCCAGGGACAGAGUAUGUCACACUGGGAGGCACAAAGCAGCUUGGAGAUUGGAAUAUGGCUGUCUCGCAGCAUGACAGGGACUACAUAUGGAGCACAUGUACUGCAGUGCUUCCAAGUCUAAAGGAUGCUAAAGUGGUUGAAGACUGGGUAGGACUGCGCCCUUUUCGUCAGCCAAUCAGAAUUGAGGCAGAAGUUCUUGGGAGUGGCAGCAACCAGUGCAAGGUGGUUCACAACUAUGGCCAUGGAGCACACGGAAUAAAUACAUCCUGGGGUACAGCACUCCAUGCAACGCACCUUGUUAGUGAUAUGCUGCAACAAAAAAUGGCUAGUGUGCCUGCAAAAUUGUAGAUGUGACAACUGUAACUUUCUUUAGAUGGUAAGCUAGGCUAGAAUCAUACAAAUCCUUAUGGCAGAGUGAUUUGAAAUAAAAACAAACAUUGAAGGAAAAAAAAGAUUUAUUGGCACUGCAGAGCCACCAGUGAUAGCAUUUGUGUAUAAGGUAUUUGCUUUCAAAAGUAAAACAAAUUUUUAUGAAAUAAAAAUCACAGAAAACGUG